UUCUUCUCACUCUUGAUUCCCCGUCUUGGCCAUCAGCCUCCUUCAUUCAAUCCCACCAAAAGAAAAAGAAAAAGAAAAAGAAAAGAAAAGAGGUUCCUCAGCCUCGCCAUGUCGCGUCCCAACAUGUCUUCACCACCACCUUCUUUCUCGAGGGCCAUCAACAUCCCCUCCUCACAUACCAGCCCCGCUGCCUCUCAGUUCGGCAGUACCAGCCUCGAACCCACUCCCGAGGGUGCCAUAGCCCCCAUGUGCAGCAGCUCCUUACCCGCCGUUCCUUCCUACUUGCUCCCGGACGCCCUUCUCCCGCCGCCUCCAACCUUGAGUCAGCCGCCAACCUCUACGCCUUCCGCCAUGGUCGAAGCUCUGAGCAAAGGUCCGGGUCUGAUCCGAAGAGUCAGCCGUGGUGCUCAGGGCAUUCCUGGCAAAUUCCGUCGCAAUGGCUCCAAUGCCCAGCGUGACAAGAGCUCCGGUCCUGUCAUCAUGCGUAGACGCAGCGAUAGCAGGUCCGCUGUAGACGCCGCCCACGACCUGUCCGACUUUGAUGCGUACAGUUUCGAGGACGACAUCGCGGUGGACGAAGACGGCGAGCCCACAAAUUCCCUAGGCAUGGUACAAAAACGGCCCUCGGUCAACUCCAUUCCUUCCUUGACCGCAGAAGCACCCACACGCAACUUGAGAAUAGAACAGGGAACCUUGGUCAAAAAGAUCACCAAGAGACGCAACAAAGACAUCAUUCUGCGCCUCGACCUCGACUCGGCAAAGGUAUGCUGGGAUCCAUCGCGCCCCUCCAAAUCAUUCUACAUCGACGACGUCAAAGAGAUAAGAACGGGCGUCGACGCCAAACAUUACCGAGAAGAGCUGGGUUAUUCGGAAAGCUGGGCACCCCUCUGGAUGACCGUUGUCUACUCGGACAGUUUCCGCUCAAAGGGCAAGAGUAAGACCAUGCACUUGAUCGCACCCAAUGUCGGAAUAUUCACCAUGUGGACUCAGACCCUUGAUUCGGUGUCACGAGAUCGCAUCGAUCUGAUGGCAGGGCUUAUGAGUCUGAAUGAGAAGAGUGCAAAGGUUGUCUGGCAACGCCAAAUGAAGAAACGUUUUCGUGGUCAGGUUCAUGCCGGAGAGCAAGAAUCACUCGAUCUCGCAGGCAUUAUGGAGAUGUGCCGUAGUCUGCACAUCAACUCGUCUGAAGACAAGGUCCGUACCUAUUUUGACAAGGCAGACACAGCCCGUACAGGCCGCCUGAAUCAAGCGCAAUUUUUACUCUUUGUGCGUCGGUUGAAGGAGCGCAAGGAUGUCAAGCAAAUUUACAAGCUCUUCACCCCUGCUCCCCAUACCGGUAUGGACAAACAAACCUUCUUUUCUUUUCUACAGAGAGAACAGGGCAUCGAUGUGGAUUCCGAUAUUCAGCACUGGACUGCAACCUUUGAGAAAUUCGCGCGCGCAGGAAAACCAAAAGCAACGCCCCCUGAAGGUGGAGAAAUACCGCUACCUUCGACUAUGACUUCGUUCGCCUUUCAAGCCUUUCUCGUGUCCGAUACCCACAAUUCCAUAUAUAAUCCUAUCAAACCCUCGUUGAAACUAGAUCGUCCGUUGGGCGAGUAUUUUAUAUCCAGUUCCCACAACACCUACCUCAUGGGCCGGCAAGUCGUCGAUGAGUCUAGUACAGAAGCGUACAUUACCGCUCUGCAAAAAGGCUGCAGGUGUUUGGAAAUUGAUUGUUGGGAUGGUAGCGAUGGAAAGCCCAUCGUGACCCAUGGACGCACCUUCACCAAGAGUAUAACAUUCCUUGACGUCAUCAAAGUUAUCGACAAAUACGCUUUCGCUGAAUCCGAGUAUCCGCUCAUUCUGUCACUGGAGGUUCACUGCGGACCUGAGCAGCAGGCUCUCAUGGCAAAAAUCAUGAUCGAAGAGUUUGGCAGCAAGCUUCUCGCGCAACCCCUGGAUUGGGGCAAGUUCGUCUUACCGUCUCCCGAAGAACUUAAGCACAGAAUUCUCAUCAAGGUCAAAGCUCCAGCUGAGGAGCUCGAUGUCAAAGCCGCAGCGAACGAGCUUUCACAACGCAGGCGCGAGCGCGGGAUGAGCUCGCCUUGGUCGCGUCCCAUCGACACCAUCAUGCCCAACACACCACCGGUUUCCAGCCCCACCUCGAUAAGCCCUCCGGAACGAACCACCUACUUCGGGACGACGCCCUUGGGGUCGACAACGUCAAUGACCAACUAUUUCGCGACAACACCACUGGGAUCCACAACGUCGGCGACAAGCACUGCACUCUUGACCCCUGCCGGCUCGGCCGAUGAUAGCGAUAGUCUCCAUGGCGGUGAAGAUUUCAAAAAGAAGUCGAAAAAAUCCAAGACUAGCAACAUCAUCAAAAUGCUAGGAGAUCUCGGUGUGUACACUCGAGGCAUGAAGUUUGAGGACUUCUCCACUCAGGACUCAAAAACGUUCAACCAUGUGUUCUCCCUCAAUGAGCGAACUUUUGACAAAACCACAAAGAAUGGCGAACUCAAACACUCUUUGGAAGCCCACAACAUGAACUGUUUGAUGCGCGUCUAUCCCAGUGGACACCGUAUCAAUUCCAGCAACUUCGAUCCCCUCAAGUCGUGGCGACGUGGCGUGCAGAUGGCUGCCCUCAAUUGGCAGACGUACGAUCUUGGACAGCAGCUCAACGAAGCCAUGUUCGCAGGCGGCGACGACCGUACCGGCUACGUGCUUAAGCCAGACGAAAUGCGUCUCAAAACCACAACGCCCGUCCCGAAUCUGCGGAAGUUACCCAAGAAGGAGGUCAAGUUCACUGUUCAGAUCAUUUCUGCGCAACAAUUGCCCCGCCCAGAAGGCCUGUCAAGAGACGCUGGCCUAAGCCCUGUCGUGCAGUUUGAAAUGUAUUGUGCGGAGGAUACAGGGCCAAAUGCAACCGGUAUCGGCGGACAAGAUGUUUCUGCUCGCAAAGACGGAUAUUCGGGAAUCGGUCAUCCACUGAGGAAGCGAACUCGGAUCGCCCAGGGGAACGGGUACAACCCUGAGUUCAAAGAUGAGAUUGAGAUGACCGUUACCACCAAAUACCCCGAUCUCGUCUUUGUGCGGUGGACGGUCUGGAACACGAUUGACGGGAAACUUCAAGAUCACGCCCCCAUUGCCCAAUUCACUGCCAAGCUUAACAGCAUCCAGCAAGGCUAUCGGCACCUACCCCUAUUUGACGGCAACGGCGAACAAUACCUGUUUUCGAGAUUGUUCUGCAAGAUCAAGAAGCAGGACAUUGUCGAUGCGCCCGUUGUUCCCAUUCAACGCAUUGGUUCGCGCCGCCCAUCCGCGGAACCUAACAGCGCGCUGCCGGACCCCAGCAGCAAACCAAGCUUCAUCAAACGUAUCAUGCGAGCGCCCAGCGAGCGGAAAAAACGGAAGGAAGAGCGUACCAUGGGCGAAACUGAGAAGGGGGAUUGGGAGCAUGUCAGCCGCACCAGCACUCUCGAACGAUAAC